AUGUCCGGUGCUUCUGCUAUCAGCGGAAGAUCACUGGCCUCGCCGACGACACCGAUUUCGCAACAGACUUCUGAAAGACACAUCUUCCCAAAUGUCGCAUUGCAAGAUCUGGCAGCUGAAAAUGCCGACGCCUCCUUUCGCCGGGUCAACCAUGAGCUUGACCGGGCUUCGGGCAAUUAUCUUCGCCCACUGCAUAAGUUGCUACCGCUGGCCGCAGUAAACCCCAAGGAUUGGUUCAAGCCCUCUUCCCAGAAGCACUGCAUGCCAAGUUCAUCCACGUCUCACACAGAAAUUGGACAGGGACAAGCUAUUACAAUCAUCCUGUUCAUUAGGAAUUUGGUUUGA